AUGAGGUUGAUGGUUACAGGGUCCUCUUCUACAGACCACCACGUUAAACCACCUGUAACCCAGAACGGAGAAACACUGGCUCUAGAGAGGGUGAGAGACUUCCAGAGGAAGAGGAUUUCCAGCGACAGUUCGGUUGCUGAUGCUUUAUCCCAGAGUUCCUCUAAGUCUGCCCUCUGCAGGAGGGGGGCAAAGAUUCUCAAUGUCCAUCGCUCCAAUACAACGCUCGCUGAUUUCAGACCCAUCAUUAGUCCUUCCAGUGCUACCUCACACGACCCUGAAAAAGAUGCAGAGUUGAUCAACUGCAUUAAGACUGAAGACCUGAACAGGCUGACAGAGCUCCACCAACAGGGGGCGGACCUCCUGCUGCAGGACGCAGCCGGCUGCACACUGCUGCAUCACGCCGUGGAGGCCGGCAGCAAAGAGAUCCUCAAGUACCUCAUCGACAACGUUCCCACACCUCACCUGGACAUCACAGAGAGAGAGACAGGCGAGACGGCGCUCCACAAAGCUGCCUCCUCUGGUCAGAGGAGUAUCUGUCGCUACCUGGUGGAGGCCGGGGCGUCGCUCAUGAAGACUGACCUGCAGGGUGAGACUCCCAAACAGCGCGCUGAGAAAGCCAAUGACCCCGAACUGGCAGAACAUCUGGACAACUGCCAACAUUACCAGAUGAUCCAGAGAGAGGACCAGGAGACGGCAGUCUGAAAUUCACCAUGUUUCAUUUAUUUCCGCCUCUCUCCCCCGAUACACCAGGUGUAUACAGCAACAUAUCAGUUAGUGCUUCUUCUUUGCUGUAAGGGGGCAGGAGGUGGUAGGCACAUAAAACUGGUCUAUUAUCAAUGUGUUUUUCCCUUAAACUGUUUAAAUUGAGCAGAGAUGAUGUUUGUUCUGGAUAAAGUCGAUUUGUAGACGCCUGAAAACGCCUCUGUCCUCUGCUGGAGUCCAAACUAAAGAAGCUCUGGACACUAAAGUGAAUUCAAACUCUUCAGGCCACAAAGAUCUGCUGCGAACUGCAUGUUGAAUGUGUCUUUUACGGACUAUCAUUAGCGCUCUGACCUCUGUGUUAAAUGUACAGAAAGAGAAACAACAGCAGCUUUGACCCAACAGUGACCGUAUUCAUCCGCCUGCAGCUGAUGGAACUAGACGCUUUCGCCAUAUGAGAUAAAAUGGCUGCUGUCUUCUCUCCAGCUUUAGUGACCUUCUGGAUGUAUUUGUUUACUCACAGAAAUAAGUGUUUGGAUAUUUAAUGUAGAGGAAUUUAGCUAUUUAUGGUUUAUUUGUAGAGAUAAAACACAUGUUGCCCGCAAACUGACUGCUUUGGUCCGAAUUUUAGAUAUUUCAGUCAACAUAUGAAAUUCUUUUUGUAAUUUUUUUUGUCUGUUACAAACUGUAAAGCAAAUGGCCGCCAGCAGGAAGCUUUCAUUGUGAUGUGUGUAAAUAGCUGAGAUAGUAGACUUGUUUUAAAUGGCAACAGAAGCUGAAGCCAGAUUCUGCCAAAGUGAAGUCUGUAUUAAUAAUAAUAAUAAUAAUAAUUAUAAUAAGAGUCAGAAUGACAUUAUACUGUAUGAUAUUGUUUGGUUUUAUCAUUUCUGAGUGACCUGCAAUAAAGCAUGUCGGUUACA